GAAGUACAGCAAACUGAGCAGAGGGAUUACAGCCGGACGCGACAUGUUCCUGAUUAACAUCAUCUCUGUGGUGUUUGUGUUGGAUGUGUGUGUGUGUGAGUCGGCGCUGGGAUCUCCCGGCUGGAGGGAACCUCCCGACUGCGUGCGAGCUUCAGAACUGUGCAACCAGAACAGCCAGUGUAGCUCCCGCUACCGGAUCAUGCGCCAGUGUCUGUCUGGCGGGGACAAGGAGCGCAGCACCAUGCUGGCCUCCAAAGAGUGCCAGGGGGCGCUAGAGGUGUUGCAAGACUCGCCGCUCUACGACUGCCGCUGCAAGAGAGGCAUGAAGAAGGAGCUGCAGUGUCUGCAGAACUACUGGAGCAUCCACAUGGGCCUGACUGAGAGUGAAGAAUUCUACGAGACGUCUCCAUACGAACCCAUUCAUUUCUCAGAGGAAUUCAGACACGCCUCCAUUAUCUCAGACUCAUCCUUGUUGAAGACGAGGCCCUGCUCUGAGGUAGGGAAACCCUGUAACCCCUGUGUGGAUGCAGCUAAAGCCUGUUACCUGAACGAAACCUGCAGGCGCCUGCGAUCAGCCUACAACAUUAUCUGCAGCAAGGUCACGCCCCCACAGGCCCCUGCAGCCAACCAGGAGCCAUGCAGCAGGAAGAGGUGUCAGAAGGCCCUGAGGCAGUUCUUUGAGCGGGUCUCUUGGGAGCUGAGCUACCCUCUGCUGUUCUGCUCCUGCCUGGACCAGGCGUGUGCUGAGCGCCGCCGCCGCACCAUCAUCCCGUCCUGCUCCCACCAGGAGAGGCAUAAACCCACCUGCCUGGAACUCCGACGCACCUGCCGCUCUGACGCCCUGUGCAGGUCUCGCCUUGCUGAUUUCCACAUGAACUGCCAGAUGACAUCUCACACCGUCACCAGCUGUCCCUAUGACAACUACAUUGGCUGCCUCAUGUCCUAUGUGGGCCUCAUUGGCUCAGACGUAACACCGAACUAUAGCGACAACAGCCCCACCAACAUCACCAUCAGCCUGUGGUGCACUUGCAGGGGCACAGGUCAUCAGGAGCAGGACUGUGACGCCUUCCAUCGGGACUUCACCCACAACACCUGCCUCAAAAAUGCCAUCCUGUCAUUUGGUUAUGGAUCUGAAGGAGCCACUCCUCCUGUAACCGAGCAACCAUCCACUUUCCUGCCACCUGAUCAGCCCAUCAUCUCCAAACCGGCUCCCUCUCUGCACGGCAAGGCCAUCAAGCCCGUAGACACUGCCUGCAUAUUCUCCACAUGUGCCAACCUGCAGGAUGGAGGUCAGAAGUGUAUACCCUCUGAAGACUAUGAGUGUGAGGAGACUUUGUUAGCCCAGGGGUCAAUAGACUCUCAGGAUUCGGUGGGACCUAAAAGCAGCAGCCAGCAAUCAGCGCCGCUACUCCAACACAUUUCUGUGACUGUGUGUGUGUCCAUUCUGCCAACACUUCUACACUUCUUGUCAUAAAUUUGAACUCACACACCUCCAGGCAUAACUACAUACACACAAUCCUAAAUGUCAAGCAACAGAUGUCCAAGCAUCCACUACGGCCUUUUUUUAGAAGAGAGUCUGGAGCCGGUCCAGAUGAGCGGUCCUUCUGCACAACAUAGUCACACACUGGCCAUGGGAGGGAGAACGGAAGCAGCUGCACUUUCGUGUCUUGUAUGUGAUUGAAAAGAGGAAUCAGAAACACAAAUGAGAGACUCUUGGGUCUCUGGUUCACAGUGACUUCAUUUCAAUGCUCUGAGUCUUCACAGUGUGUGUGCUCUCUGUGCAACCCGACUAACUCACUCCCCCAGGCCCGUCUGGAUCUAAGACAGCUGGGCCGACAAACACUGGAAGCGAGCAUAUGACUGCGUGCACACACACACACACAAUUUGAGCAGAAGUGUUAGAGUUGGCAGCUUCAGAGAGAGGAGAAAGAAACGACAGGGAAGGACAGCUGGGACAGAUCCUUCCAUGAGGUUUGUCAACUCAAUUUAUCCUCCCUCAGACCUCCCUAGUGGCAACAAAUCUAUACAACAUACAAACAUCACACAAUCCCACCUACAUUCAUCCUGUCACUUUCCCCUUAGACCUACUUAGCGGGUAAACAGGGUCCCCACAUGGACACAAACACUCAUGCUGUACACCAGUGUGCUAUUUGUGGGUCUUUAUCUUCAUUUUGUGGUCUACAUCCUGUACAAACUUCAUUUACUGUGGAAAAUGAAAAGUAAAAAGUCCAGUGAAUGAGUGUAUGCUUCAGCUCAGUGUUCAGCCUUGUGGGGGUGUGCGUGUGUGUGUGUGUUUGGGGGGGGGGGUAUGUUUGUACGUCUGUGAAUGUCCGUGAUGAUUGUUGACACAUCUGUGCAUGGAGCAAAUAAAUGAAGGAACAGGUGGAACUUUAAUCAGAUGACAAACAAACUGAAACAUGAUGCGUAGCCACAGCUUAAAACUUCUGUCUAAAUUCAACUUUAAUUUAGAGCAGUUGGUUGAUUCUUUUCUAGAAAUACUUAACUACAUCAAUGAAAUAAUUCUGUUUCAUAGUGUUCUAAAGUCAAAUGUUUUUUGAAAAGUUUACUUUAAGUUGAUGGAUUUAAGUUGAUAGUGUUACACACAUUUAUUUUUAAAAGCAGACAGUUUGUAUGUUUUAAACUAGGUUCUGUGGCGCAGUCAUUUCACCUGCACCAGUUCUCAAACAGACAUCAUCUUUAGGCACUUUGCAAACAAAAAGAGUCUAAUCAAACCAUUCAAGUAAUGAGAUUCCAAGUCAAGCGCAUCAAUUCCAAUUGAUCCUCAUUACCAAACAAUGCAGUUUGAUAGAAAACUUUCAACCAGUUUGAAUAACAAAGGAAACCCAGCAGUCUUGCAGAAAUCCCUCCUCCUGCGUAUGCUUUUAUCGACAGUAGACAGUAGCUUGCAUUGUGUUGUUGACUUUGCAGCAAUCCCUCAUACUGAGCUUGUAUGUAGUGGCAGUGAAGAGAAAGGCCUCUCUGCUGUUAUCAAAAACCCAAUAAUGUUCACAUUUUCAACAUCCUCGACCAACAGUAUGGACAGACACACGAUCUUCCACUUCUCCCAGGACUCCAUCAUGUAUCCAGUUGCAGUGUCCCACUGGGGGCAAGAGGGCUCUCUUUUGCCCAGGCGUCUUGUCAAGAAAAUUUGAUUAAUUGUGUUGAGAAAUCAGCUGAGCAGUUCUAUGAUUUGCAGGACACAGGACAGAGAGAAAAAGUAGGACAGACUGGGGAGGAAGCAGGAGAAGAAAAAGCGUCUACCUUUACUGAGAGCAGGAUGAAACCGACUGGAGGUUUGAGAAGACCGGGCACAAAGAACACAGACACACUGAUCCUGGAGUACUUUGUAUGUUAAAGAAAGUAAAUAGUUAAUGGCAGUAAAGAAUCCAUGAGUGGCAUCAUCUAGGAGAGAAACACAGCUAAGCGUUUCUCUUAGCUGUGUUUUGUUUCUGAGUCAGUAGGAUGAGAGAGAGCACAUAGAGUUAGUCCACAUAAAGUCUCAGCCAACAGCAAAGUCUGGGAGAGACACUAAAAGACUGGACCCAGUGCAUCACUUAUACAAACCCAAUUCAAAUCAUUUCAACCUAGAUUCAGUUGAAUUCACUACAAAGACAAGAUGUUUAAUGUGCAAACAGAAAAACUUGAUUGUGGUUUUGCACAGUAAACGCUGCCGGCUCCUCUGGCCCAAACUCAUCUGACAUGGACUGAUGCAAAGCGGACAAGUGCAAUGCAAAGCAAAUAACUUACAUUUCCUUUAAUAAAUGAUGUGGAGUUUUUUUAUCCUAUGAUGAGCAAAACACUAGAUUGAAAAGGAGUACAUGGUAUUUUUUUUUUGUUUCAAAACCCUGCUUAGUUCGUUUAAAAGUUGCGUUGAUACACAUCCAUACCUUUGAAAAACUCCACAACUAAAAACAAUAUCUGACACCAGUUCCUGUUUGUUUGUUUCAUAUGCCAUUAAGUCCUAAGAAGCUGACACACAAAGUAAUAACAUGCUGCUGAUGAAAGAAAACCUUCCUGACUGUGUCAGAGCUUCCUGUCAGAUUGCCUCCGCUGUUCCCAGUGUUGAGUGAAUAAACACAGAUGGGUUGACACUUCACAGCAACCAACAAGGUGAGAUGCUUCAGAUUUCUGUAAUCAGCUGUGUUCAGUCAACACGUGUUUGGUUAUUUUGAACAUUUCUUGUCUCUGUCUUACUUCCAUAAAACUGUUCAAUGUGUAUGUGAGUGUGUACUUUACCUCUGGCCUCUGUAUGGAGUAUUUUUAAUGUUUUGUAGAAGCUACAGACUGGUCAUCAGGUCAGUGUCAUGGUGGCCGUUCCCUCCUUAAGAGAGGGAUCAGUUUCUGUUGUUAUGGUGUUGCCUUACUUUAUUGUUUUUUAUUACCUAAAAGUAAAGAUGGUUCUGAGUGAAGUGACACUUUUCCAGGGCAGAAGUCUUAGCUAGCCACACUGCUGUUGAAUUAGGAAGACAUUUGAAUGAUCUCCAAAGAGGGAAUUUUGACAAAUUAAUAAACCUACAUUUUGUAUCGUGACCAAAGCUUGAUAUUGCUUUUAUCUAGGGGUGCACCGAUCUAUCGACCAGCCCAUUUAUUGGUGCUGAUUUCCUUAAUUUUGGGAGAUCAACUGAUCUUAUCUACCUCAGCAAAGGUUUAAAAAUCAGCCACUGUCCUCUUCUGCUCUCCAGUGAGAGCUUUGACUGACAAACCGCCCACCAGGUCAUGUCUACAUGUCUGCUGUUAACAAUAGUCACCCCAAUGUUGGCA